CCGCCACCAUCAAUAGUGGGGGGAGGACUGGCCAAGGAUACGAAAUUAUGGAUCUAAGAGGAUACACCACAGUAGACGAAGUCGGGGAAGACACGCAAGAUGAAGUGCCCAAGUACUACCAAAAAACAGCUCUGGCCCAGAUGCUGGUGGACAAAUGCAAAGACAUUCCACUUGUGGGUCUGCAGUAUGUGUUGGAAGUACGAAAAGACUUUAACAAUACCCUUGAUGGUUGUUACUACAUCUGUGCCGUGUGCAGCAAGAAGAUGACAGCCCACACCCUUGUUGCUCACAUCAAGAGUAUGCCUCACAGAUUGAAAUUUUCAGAGACGCACUGCAAGCACAUUUUUGACAAGUAUAGCUCCUAUGACAUUAAGGAAUGGACAGCACCACUUGUGAAGACAUUCACGGUGGAUCUUGCCGAGGUGGAGAAGAAGAUGGGGAGACACAAGCUUGCAGUGGCCUUUGAGAGAGAAAUAUCCUCAGUUCUUAAGUCUCUGAAGCAAAACAUCAGUGAAAUCAGCAGCCUAAGUCGACUACAAGAGGAGAAGACCAAAGUGUCCGAAGCUCCCACACCAAGCAAAUCUACUGCGCCAGUCACAACCACCGCUAACAGUGUCCAGGAGAUUCAGCACCCAAACACUGACAAGUCUAGGAAUCAGAAUGCUGGGGCUCGUGCCUCCUCCAGUGUAAAUAUUCCGUCUAAAAAUCAGAAUGCUGGGGCUCAUGCUGCCUCCAAUGUAAAUAUUCCAUUACCAUCAAAGUCAGCAGGACCCAAAACUAACACCAACAACAAAAAUAAUGACGGUUAUUUUGAGAAUGAAGAGGAUGAGGUUCUGAUACUUCCUCAAGAGAAGAAACCUGCAAAUGCAAAGAAAUUUUCUUCAAAUGGACAAGGAUUUACAAAACGCAACUACCGUCCUGGGCCGAAUUUUCGGCGCCGGAGCAAAUCAAGAUCAUCCACACCUUCAUUAUCACCCAUUAAAACCCGGUCAAGAUCAAGAUCGAAGUCUAGGUCAUUAUCACCCAAGAGGAAUCCUUUACAUUCACCUCCCAACAAGCUAAGACAGACGAAGCCCACAGAGACGAAGCCCACAGAGACGAAGUCCACAGAGACACAGUUUGGAGAGACCCGGCUCAGACAGACAUCAUCUACCUGGUCGAAAGAGGAAGCACUCGAGGUCACCCGUGUCUCCUCAUCACAGUCGCUCAAGGUCCCGCUCAAGAGACAUCCGCAAGCGCUACAGGUCAAGGAGUCGCUCCAGAUCAAGGCACAGAUCACCACCACACAGAAAAUUGUUUAUGAGAAGGCACCAGAGACUCAUCCACUCUACAACCGUGAGUGGAAGCUCUUCUGGGAGCGGCGAUGUCGUGAACUGGAGAAAGAAGGUCUGGACCCCUUCCUGUAUAACUUCAAAAGGGAGUGGGCUGUGUAUUGGCACCAUCGUAUGAAGGAAUUGAUUGAUCAGAAUUUUAAGGAGAAAAGAGAUGCACUCCUUAAGAAAUUCAAAAUUGAGGAUCCUGAUCUGGAGGAGAGUGAACUUUAUGAUGGCAGUAAACCUCCAGGUUCAUUGAAGAAACGUGAUAAUGAUGAUGUAGAGAAAGUGAUGCUCGAUUUGACAGACUUGGAGAAGGCAGAUUUGACAGGCCUGGAGAACCAAGAUUUGAUGGGCCAGGAGAACCAAGAUAUGGUGGGCCAGGAGACCAAAGGUUUAGCAGGCCUGGAGAACGAAGAUUUGAUGGACCUGGAGAACCUAGAUUUGAUGAGCCAGGAGGGCCUAGAUUUGACAGGCCCAGCGAAGCAAGAUUUGAUGGGCCGAAGGAUCCCAAUUUUGACAGAAUGGGAGAAGAGAGAUUUGGUGGACCAGGAGAACCAAGAUUCAGUGGUCCAGGAGAACCCAGGUAUGACAUGCCAGGACCAUCAAGGUUUGAUGGACCAGGAGGGUUCAAUGGGCCUGAUGGACCUGGAAGACCAGGGUUUGACAGACAAGGAGACUCAAGCUCGCUCCGGGGUGGGGGUUGGAAUAUACCUCCAGGUCAUACCCAACAUGCUAGUGUGGCAGUCGAUGAGGGUUACCUUCGAACUCAGGCAAAUUCAACAGUCACAAUUUGAGAGCGAGAGCUGCUCGCUAAUAAUAUCAGUAAUGUAA